AUGGAUCGCCUAGUCAAAGACCAUAGGUUCUCCCCCGAAGAACUCGCCGCGGCCAGUCCACAGCAGAUUCUUUCACGCAUGCUAUCAACAAGGUCAUUUCUUUCCUAUGAUAGCGCCCAGGGUGGUAUCUCCAAGCAACGUUCUGUUGAAAUCGGAAAAGGCCAAUGCGGCACGAUCUUCGCCCUGAAUGGCACAGAUACAGUAGCGAAAAUUCCAAACUCUACUGAAAAGGUCGACGAGCUCUUUACAGAUUUUCGGAUCCAUUACCUCGUCAUCCAAGCAAUGAAUGAAGUUGAUACUAAGCUCAGGAUGGAUAUCAAUGUUCCAGAGCUUCGCACAUGGGUGUCUCCAGCUAUUCAAGCCUUUUGGGCCCGUUAUGGAUUACGCUCUCCCCAGUAUAUAGAUGCUAAGAGCUUCGCCUUGGUCUCAGAUCGAGUAUUUCCUGUUCCUCUGCCAGUUCGAGAUGCUCUUGUGGACGUCCUUUGCCCGCCAGCGAUUCGAAAACAAAAGCAGGUUUUUCUAGCAAAGCCAGAGAAUCAAAACUGCCUUAUUCGCCUCUACCUGGGUCGUCGAGAGAUCACUAAGGCUAAGAAAAACAUUCAAAAUAUUCGACUCCAAAACUUCCCACUCCAUGUUAAUGAGAUGGAAGAUCUAGGGCUGGAUACUGGCUCAUUUGCGCAAGUCAUGGCCCAGACCCUCGCGAUUCUCCACUGGAAAGCUGGUGUUGACGGUAAUGAUGUUGAGUUCAUCCUUGGAAGCUCACCUGUGUCAACGAGAUUACCAUCACGAGCUGAGGUUAUGAGUAGUGAUAAAGAUUCUUUUGGAACUCAUUUCCGGUUUGACUUUGGUCGCCGGUCGCUCCCUCUCUGGCUGAUUGACUUUAACCAGUGCUCUACUUUUGAAGAUAACGAGGCAGGGCUCAAGAAGAUUGUUGAUGCCUUCUUCUGGAAUGAUCCAUACUACCCUCGCCCAAAUUCAACUAAUGCUCAGGAUCAGAAUCUCUGGGCUACCUUUAGCCAACGAUAUCUUGAGGUCAGCCGAACAUUCACGGAUAGUACAAGCCCAGGGGCCUUUAUCGCUCGAAUCGAAGAACGAGAUCGUAAGGGGACAGUAAGCGGGCUCUUUUAA